AUGUCUAAAUUGGAAGUUAAUCUUGAGGAAAAAAUUCAAGUAUGCCCCUACCGUGUUAGCUCACAGUCGUCGGUAGUGGACGAUGCAGAAGAGUUUGCAGAGCUGGAAGAUCCAUGCAGCCAGUUGUCCAAUAUUUUGGAUGAUGACGAACCAGAAACUAUCCUCGAAUGGUAUCGAUUGCAAUCUUUCACCUUUGGGGCAACCACUUACCGGGUCGUCGAAGAGUUGCUGACAACGGUUGAACAAAAUCCUUCGGCAAACGUGGAACUGGACUUGAACCGUUGUGGAUACACAAAUCUACAUGUUCAAAUUGCGCUGGAUGGAUUGCUCCGGACACGCCCAGAGUGUCUGACACGUUUAGAUUUAAGCCGGAACCGCUUGCUUAAUCCGUCGCUGUCGCGAUUGCUGGGAAAUGUGUUGGAAGAGCUGCAAACGAUUGCGCAUCUAUCGCUUUCUUACAAUACGAUCGACGAUGAGUGCAUGAAGAUCUUGAGCAAAGCGUUGUCCAACUCGGGAGUGCGCUUGUUGGAAGUAGCUCACUGUCAAGUUACCGAUCGAGGAGGAUCCUUUCUUUUCAAUGCACUCGCCUACAGCGAUUGUAUAGAGACGAUCGAUGCGAGCUGGAACCAUCUACACAUCGCAAGUGGACAGGCAGUGGGACGGUUUCUGUCCACCCAAAAAUCUGUCCAGCAAUUGAACCUUAAAGGCAAUCAGCUGUACGACGAGGCAUUGUGCAUAAUUCCACUUUUGCUGGGCACCAUUGACAAUGAAACCCUUCAAAAGCUCGAUCUCUCCUGGAAUGGUUUACGCGGGGAAGAACUUGGUCGUGCCCUUUUAAAGACUAUCCCAAAAUCCCACCUAAAAUGUCUCAGCUUAGAACAUAAUCUACUAACACCGCUGGAGAUGUCCUUUAUUGCACGGAUGAUGAAGAAAUGUGAAACACUCGAGCAACUGUGGCUCGGUAGCAACAUGUUCGAGGACACCGUUAUGAUUGAUCUCGUGCGAACUUUCGCGAAGCAUCCUUCGCUGCAAGUAAUUUCCUUCGGGUCGUUCCAAUUCAUCUCACAAGCUGUCGCUAAACUGUGCCGUCUGUGCAAGCGUAAAAGCCCCUCCAAACAGAUCAUCUACCAAGGCGUGAUCAGAGCGAAUCCGGCACGCCCGGUCGAUGUGCAGGAAAUGCUUCUGGAACGUUGCCGAUUCUUGGCCCAGAAACCAAAGAAGGCAAAAGCGAAGCGUGACUUUGGUCACUUGAUGUUGCAGCUAGCGGUGGCAGAAGAUACGGUGUUGGUGCGUGAAGAAUUUGAGCUGGCGGUCAAACGAUUCCGCGUUAAGCUCGAUCGACCAUUGCUCGAAGCGUUGAUGGACGCGUUUGAAGUGCCCAAGAAGCUAGUAGAUACCGGUGCGAUGGCACUAAAGUAUCUCAACAAACAUCCGACCGAUCCACCGAUCGUGAAGAAGGCUAAGAAGGAAAAGGGAAAAAAAUAA